AUGGAGACUUUAAUCCCUACACUGCUGCUGGUCCUGGGUCUGAAGAGUCUUCUGAACUGGAUCCUGGUGCUGAUACAGAGACAUCAUGUGGUCCAGAGCUUCUCAGGGUUCUUCAGCGUUUCUCUGGCAGCGAUUGACACUCUCCUGACUUUUAUUCUUGCAGCCAUAUGCUUCUUGGAGGAUUUUUUCUUUUUGGGUUUGCGCUUUACAAAAUACCACAUAUGCCUGUUGAUCCAGAUCAUCUGCUUUAUCUAUGGUGUACUGCACUGGCCAGUCUUGCUACUGAUGGGACUUGAUCACUAUUGUACACUUUGUCCAAAUUCAGUUCACAUCCGCUGGGCAAGAAAACUGACCUAUGCGGUGGGAGUCAGUCUUCUUUGGAUUCUUGCUGUACUUUAUGUCUUCUUGCUGUCAGGUUUUUGCCCAGCGUUGGACGACGACUCUCAUCAAGCUCUACAGCGGUGUCAGGUCCUCAGCAGCCCUGAGAGCUAUCGCGUGUCUUUUGCCGUUCUGCUGAUAGUGGCUUGUUUCGCUCUUUACUCUCAGAUCCCCAUGGACAAGUGGAAAUCAUCAUUAGGUCACAAACGGACUUUCUUAGCAGUCCAUAUAGUUGGACAGCCCCGCACCAGCGUCCUCAAAAAGACCCUGUUCCCAUUUCUCAGCACAUGGGUCUCUUUCAUAACGUUUGUGGCUUUCAUUUUGGUGUUUAAGAUUGAAAUCCCGGCCUACCUCAGUAUGAACGUCCCCUGGCUUUGUUUCUUAAACAGUUUUUUCAUCGUCAUGGUAAAAUCCUGCCGUAGCCGGAUUUUACAGGGAAGGAGGCAAGAGACCUUAUGA